AUGUCACUUGUGAGCGCUGUGAGCAGCAGCAGGGAAGGGAAGAAGGCAGAGCUCAGUGUGCGGUGGCGGGGCCGACGGAUCGGAGCGCGUACGGAACCCAGUCCUGUGGUUUGUGCUGCCACCACCACGGGGAGGAACAGGAAGAGAGGAACAGGACAAACCACCUGGCUGCGCUCUGCUUGUUUCCCAGAAGUGUUUUGUACAAACCAAGCACAUCUCCUACCAGGAAAUCCUCCGUACAAUGCAACUGCACAGAAUGGAAGGUUUGAGCGCAGUCCCAUCGACGGCGCUUUGCACAAUGCUCAGCCCGGACGGAGCCUGGCUGAUCCGGGAAGUGCAGCCGUGCACAGGCUCGGACUGUCCCGGUCCGUGUGCCGCUCCCGGGGCACGGCUCGGCUCUGCCCCGCACAGGCUCGGGAUUCCCCAUCGCGGCUGUCCCGGUCCGUGUGCCGCUCCCGGGGCCCCGCCGCUCCAGCCCUGCUGCUGGGCUGCCUCGCCGUGCUGCUCCAAACCUCUGUGUCAGCGGAGCAUGUGCCGAUGCUGCUUUGGUCGACUCAGAGGUCACAGUGGAAUCCAGACACUGCUGUGCAUGAAGGACAAGUUGUCUCAGCCCAGGAGCUGACAGUGCUCUUGCAACCUCUUUUUACCCAGAGCUCCAGAAACCUCGUCUUGUUCCUGCAGGAUAGGCUUAGCAUAGAUGAUUUCACGUACUUCAGUGAAUCCUAUGGCAACAAGAAUCCGUUUCAAAAUGUUCAGGAAAUUCUUCAGACUUCUCCUUCAUCUUUAGUUUUGCCAGCUGUUGACAGCAAGGCUACCAGGUAUCUCCUCAGCGCUCUUCAAGAAUCAGGAGAUUGGAAGUUAACAAAUUUAACUAACCUCAAUGUCUCUCAGCUGGAAAUGAAUCCAUCUAACCCAAACCUACUGGUGGUUCAGCUACAGCCACUUGCCAGUGAUUUAAAAGAGAUUUCCACCCUAGAAGCAAUUGCUGAAAAUGACAGAAUAAUUGGAAGAGUGACCAUGGAUCUGCAGGAACAAGGGAUUAACUUUUCAGUAAUUUAUACUGCAAUGAGACCUUCAAGGAUUUCUAGAAGAACUGAUGUGGUGUCAGAAUUAAGACGACAAUUAAUGGCUGCUGAGGAAGAAGACAGUUUAUCAUAUCCUCCUCUGAAUGUGACCACUGGAAAUGUUUCUUGCAUCCUUUUUUAUGCUAGUAAUUUCAGCCUCAAAGCCAACAGUUCGGUUUUAAUAGAUUUGACAAAUGCAACAUUUUUAGCAGAGAAUGUGGAUGUUUCUGCCUCUGAGUGCUCAGACAGCAACACAACACUGUCACUAAAAUAUACAAAACCAGUGAAUGGAAUCAACAGCCUAGAGAUAAGGUUUUUAAUGACCAGCAAGUUCUAUGAAGUCUCGGCUAGAAAAUGGUUCACUUUAGAUUCAGUUGAGAUUGUACAAGAUGGAGACAAGUUUGCUAAAUUCAAUGUUUCUGGCAUCUCUGCCCCUGCAGAGUAUUCAUUUCACUGUCAGCUGGUGGGAACAAGCAAUCGCUAUCCUGCAAGGCUGGUUCCAUCCAACAGUGAGGCAAAAAAUUGGGAUGUUUUCAUUUCUGAGUUGCAAAUUCAAGGCUUCAACAUUGUAAACAGCCAGUUUUCCUAUGCAAGUGACUGUACAGGUUUCUUCACUUCUGGAAUUUGGAUGGGCUUGGUGACAUCCAUAAUUUUACUGUGGAUCCUGACCUAUGGAAUCCAUAUGAUCAUGCAGCUCACAACAAACAGCAGAUUUGAUGACCCCAAAGGUCCAGCUCUAUCAGUUCCUCAGACAGAAUAGCCAUGGAUUGACUUCAUGCCACUGUGGCUUUUCCUAGUCUGAUGUUUAUGAUUUUUAUAAACUUUUUAGUUCAUAAUAUGUUUAACUUAAAAAUAUAUCAUAGGAAAAUCAGAUAAUUAAACUAUAUAUAAAAAUGAUCCUUAUGCUUGGUAACAAUAAUAAUUCAAUCUGUUAUUAUGAUCAUUUGUUAACAGCUUUUUGUGUUAAGGUUCUGAAGUGAGACUGUAGAGGUUAUUAAGCUCUCUGGCUCUUAGGAAGACAAUUAAAAACUUUUAUUGGCAAAGAAAAUAUACCAAAACAUAGAUAAUUGGGAAGGAUACAAUAUUUGUUGAGAAAAUAUAUAUUGAAAAUACUGUCUCUCUCUCUAAAGGCUCUUUAGUGUCAUGAUGAUGCUGCGUCUUAAGAAAAUUUAACUGUGUUUUGAGAUCUUUUCUCUUGAGUAAAACAUCCAGAAAUGUACAGAACUAAUAAAGUAUAAGUCACUAAAUAAAUGGUCCUGAGAAGUCAUUUCAAAAUACAUCACUUUGUUCAGAUGUGGUAUCACAAAGGAGAAUGGGUAGAUUAAGGUUUAGCUUCCAUCUAAUGUUAUCUUACACUUGUGAGAAUUAUGUUGAGUAAUUUAAUGCUGGCUUGUGUUUGUUUUAGCCGUGGACAGCUGAUGGGAGGUCAGUCAGUGGCAGACAGGUCCUUGUCCAAGCUGAUCAGAAAAUUAGAUUUGCUGUCAAGGAAAUGAAUGCAAAUUUUCAUGUUCAGAACCUGUUAUGAUUCAAUGUGCUGGUGCAGACAGCACC